AUGCUGCCUCUGUCCCCUCUGUUGCUGCUCGUUUUCCCCGCUGUGGUCUUUGUGGCCGCGCAAGGCGCUGGGGACCUCCAGGGUUUCACCCUGCCCGACCCCUGCAUGGUGGUGUCUCCGCCAUGUAUGAGCGAGGCAGAUCGCUACAGCCUGGAGGCCCUGCGGAGCAUCCAUCAGAUGAUGGACGAUGACCAGGAUGGAGGGAUUGAGGUGGAGGAGAGUCUAGAGUUCAUCAUUGAAGACAUGAAGCAGCAGCAGACCAACAAGCACAGCAACCUGCACAGAGAAGACCAACAUAUCACAGUUGAGGAGCUCUGGAGGGGCUGGAAGUCAUCUGAAGUACAUAAUUGGACACAAGAUGAGGUGCUUCGCUGGCUGAAGGAGUUUGUUGAGUUGCCACAGUAUGAGAGAAACUUUAAAGACUUUAAGGUCAAUGGAAACACACUACCCAGGAUUGCAGCAAAUGAGCCUUCAUUCCUGAGUAUCCAUCUGAGGGUUCAGGACCAGAGAGACAAACAGAAGCUCAACAUCAAAGCUCUGGACGUAGUUCUGUUUGGGCCGCCUACACGUCCUCCUCAUAAUUACAUGAAGGAUCUGCUGCUAAUUGUGUCAGUGGUGAUGGGAGUUGGAGGCUGCUGGUUUGCACAGGCUCAAAACAAAGCCAGUAAAGUCCACAUAGCCAAGAUGAUGAAAGAUUUGGAAAGUCUCCAGAGGGCAGAACAGAGUCUCAUAGAUCUACAAGAACAACUGGAGCGAGCCCAAGAAGAGAAGCGUAAUGUUGCAGAGGAGAAACAGAACCUGGAGGAGAAGAUGCGGGAUGAGAUCAUGGGAGCACAGGAGGAGGCUCACCGUCUGCACGAGCUGAGGCAGGGAGCUGUCACUGAGCUCAGCCGCCUCCGAUAUGCAGAGGAAGAGCUGGAACAGGUCCGUGGGGCAUUGAAGCAGGCAGAGAAGGACAUGCAGGCAAGCUGGACUGCCUCAGAUGCUCUCCAGCUGUGGCUGCAGCUGACACAUGAGGUAGAGGUCCAAUACUACAACGUCAAGAAGCACAGUGCAGAACUACAGCUUGCCACUGCCAAGGACGAGGCAGAGAGGAUUAAGAAGAAGAGGAGUUCUGUGCUGGGGACUCUCCAUGUUGCCCACAGCUCCUCUCUAGACCAGGUUGACCAAAAGAUCCUGGAAGCAAAGAAUGCCUUGUGUGAAGUAACAGCCUGCCUACGGGAGCGUCUCCAUCGCUGGCAGCAGAUUGAGCGCAUCUGCAGCUUCCCCAUCAUCAGGAAUCCUGGCCUAGCAAAACUCACUGCGCAGCUUUACACAGAAUCAAUUGCCUUGGGGUUGCCCCGAGGGCCCCAGCCAUCGUGUUCAUGCCAUAGCUCUUUACAUGGAUCUAUAGAGGAUCUUUUAGAAGAGUCUGCGUCUCCAAUCUUACCACAGAUGCAAGUUCCAGUUCCACCACCGAAGCGCUCUCCUCGAACGCGAGGAUCCACCAUAUGUCGGCCUCGUCGCCCUGGUGUCAUUGCUCAGCCACCAGCUGCCAUGAUCUCGCAAGACCCUGACCUUCUCAUCCCCAUCCGAGCCCCUUACCCUUGCUUUGAUGAGGAAGAGGAGCUCUUCCUGAAAACUCUAAAGAAACAAGACUCGCAAGAGGAUUAUAUGACUUCACCUCCUCUCAGCAAAAUGUUGCGUAGUCCUAGUGCUGAUGCUUCCUCUGAGAAGCUCUAUCAUGAUGACACUGAGCUGCUUGCAGAGAGCUCCAUUACAAAGCCUUUGAGUAAAGAAAUCGAAGCUGUUGUUGAAUCUCCAGUUCGUAAAAUUUCUAUAGAAGAGCUUGAAGCUUCUGCAGAUGUUGCAUGCAGGAAGAUAGCAAAAGACAAAGUGCUGGAUACUUCUUUGGAAUCCCCUUCAUUGAAGAAGUCCAAAGAAGAGUCUUUGAUAGAGGCUACAUCAAGGAAGAUAUCACGAGACAGGAUGGAAGUUCCCACGGAUGUUACAAUUAGAAAGGGGCUUUCAAGUGAGUUGGAUGCAGAAUUUCCAUCCAGGAAAGUAGAGAGAGAUAUGAUAGGGGAUUUGAUAGACACUACUUCACGGAAUAUAUACAGAGAAAGAAGUGAUUUACCCCUGGAUGCGAGAAAGAUUCUUUGGAAUGAAUUAGAAGCAUCAGCAGAUCAACAGGCACCAAGGAAGAUAUCAAGAGGUAUGAUGGGGGCUUCAGUGGACAGCGCCUCAAGAAAGAUAGUACAAGAUGAUGCUGAGCAUCUGUUUGACUCAGUAUUCAGAAGAGUUACAAGAGAUUCAUUAGGGAUGUCCCUAGACACAGGUUCUAGAAAGCUUCCAUGGAAUAAAGAAGAAUGCCAGCUUGAUUCCUCUGUGAGGGCAUUAGCAAUGGACAAAAUGGUUGAGACCACAAGAAAACCACCAAGAAGGAUAUCUAGAGAGGAGUUGGAGUAUAGUACAGAUACUGCUUCCCUAAAGAUACUACCCAGAGAGAAAUUUGAUGCACCUACAGACACCUUGUCAUCUACAGAGAAGCAAGAGUUUUGUUUAGAACCAUCACCAAAUAGGAAGAUACUGAGAGAUGAACAUGAGAUGUCUGCUGGUUCUCUAAGAAGGAGAAUACCAAGAAUGCCAAGUGUUGAUGUUUCAAUGGAAAUACAUAAACAAUCAACACUGAGGGAGGAGAUGGGAGCAUCUGAAUCAAGUUCAUCUCCAGGUCGAAUUGGUCAGCCAGACCUUAUGGUAACCUCCCAGGCACCAUGGAAGUCAUCCUCAGACCUUUUCACUGUUGGCCCAUUGAGCCAGCUUGUAUAUGAUGGAAUCCUUGAGAAGUCCUGCAACUCCACACCAACAACCCCGACCAGCCUCUCUGCCUCAGUACCUAAUCUGCGUCAGAACAGGCUGCAAGCAGAGAUGGAGAAACCUCUUCCACCACCAAGGGUUACCCCCACAUCUCCUGUAUCGCCCAUCGAGACUGGAGAUGAGAGGACCAAGGAUAAAGAAAAGAGCAAGAAAUCCCUGAAGCUCAAAAAUCUUUUUAAAAAGAAAAAUGAGUCAGCUGCAGCAAAGCAUCAAAGUGGUCUACAGAAACUCUGA